AUGGCUGCAACACCACGAAUGGUGCCUUCUAGGCUGCUAGGAUUGCAGCUAGUAGCGGCAACACGUGCGGCUUCGAGCUUGGGAUCGAUGCUGCUGCCCCGAGCGUUUGCUAUUGGUGCCCCAUCGCAGUCUCGCUCAGCGAUGACGUUUGCUGCUCCACGAGGCGCCGUAGGCCUGGGAAUGAGCAUGGGUUCGAUGAGGUUGUUGCCAACAACGCGACUGUCACCAGCCUCGCCGAAGCCGACCUCGAUCGUCUCGAACCUGAUCACGUUGCGAAGCAGGUUUCAGCCUCAGCAACAGCGAUGCCAAUCCACCGCCGCCGUCUCCGCGUCUGCCCUCUCUUCCUCCACCGCACCACCGGACGCCCGUGCAACUCCGCCCGCCUCGACCCCACUCAUCUCCAAGCCCAUCGUUGCACUCCAUCUCUAUGCACUCGCCUUCCUCGUCUACGCGAUCGUCGUCGUCGGCGGCCUCACGCGCCUCACCGAAUCCGGCCUUUCGAUCACCGAAUGGAACCCGGGCUUCAAGGGCAUGCGUUUACCCACGACCACCGCCGAAUGGGAGGCGGAAUGGGACAAAUACAAGCAGACACCCGAGUUUGUCCUGCUCAACUCCAAGAUGAGCCUCGACGACUUCAAGGCGAUCUACAUGUGGGAGUGGGGGCAUCGCGUGUUGGGACGCGUGAUCGGGGUGGCGUUUGUGCUGCCUGCUGCGUUCUUUGUGACACGUAGGUGGGUGGGACAGGGGACCAGGUGGAAGUUGCUGGCGAUAGCGGCGGGGAUUGGGUUCCAGGGGUUUUUGGGUUGGUUUAUGGUCAAGUCGGGUUUGACUGUGCCGGAAGGGAGCAGCGGGCGCGCCAAGAUGGUCAGUGUCCCGGUUGCCGCCUCGACAGAGAAUGGAGGGAGGAUGAUGGUUGACGGUACCGUGGAGGCGACGACGAGCGUGCCCACUUCGUCGGCGCAAACGUCCGUGGCGGCAGCAGACUGGACGCCGCGCGUCUCGCACUUCCGCCUCGCCAUGCACAUGGGCACCGCCUUCCUUGUCUACCUCGCCAUGCUCCAUACCGGCCUCGCGGUCCAACGCGACUACAAAGCGGCCACGCUCAGCGGUACCAUCUCCGGCGUCCGCGCACGCACGCACGCUGCGCUCUCCCAACUCGCCCACACGCUCAACCAUCCUCUGCUGCGCUCACACUCGCGCCUGACCAAGCUCGUCGCCGGGCUGGUAUUUACAACGGCAAUGUCCGGUGCGCUCGUGGCGGGGUUGGACGCCGGGCUGGUGUACAACGAGUUCCCGACCAUGGGCGAUGGGAGGAUUGCUCCGCCGAUGGGGGAACUGAUGGACGACAGGUUCGCACUGCGCGCAGACGGGUCGGACAAGGUUUGGCGCAACCUGUCGCAGAACCCGGUGACGGUGCAGCUGAUUCACAGGACGCUGGCGGUUACGACUGCCGCUACCGUGGUGGCGCUCGCAUGGAAGACGCAUCGUCUUUCGCGUGCGUACUCUGCAGCCGCAGCAAGUAUCAUCAAGGGCACACCCUCUUCCUCCGGUGCCGCUGCGGCAGCACCAAAGCAGCUGCUGCCCGCACUGCCACCGAGGGUGCUGCAGCUCGCCAAUGCGUCCGUCGUCGUCGUGGCUGCACAGGUCACGCUCGGCAUCUCGACGCUGAUCUACAUGGUGCCCAUCCCACUCGCUUCGGCGCAUCAGGCCGGGUCGCUUGCGCUGCUCUCGGUGCUCAUCGGGCUGAUUUCCAGCUUGCGGCCCAUCCCGGCGAAGAUCAUCAAGGCGGCAGGUGUGGCAAGGAGCAGCGGGGUUUUGAGUCGGGUUCUCAAGUCGUCGCCAACGCCGGUUAAACGGGUUUCGUAG